AUGUGGAAUGUAUCCAGGUACCCCUGGGAACUUACUUUUCAGCCUCACCUUCGUGAGUCAGGUUGUUUAUUGUCCUUUCAGGAACAGCAGCACGUCUUGGCACACUUCGCCUUGCCCUUCUUUCUCCGCCCACCCCGAUACCACCCUUGUCGAGUGGGGGUUGCGGAGGCGCUGUGGGCGCUGAAGGAGGCGCUGGCAUAUGCCAGGGCAAUGCCGGCGAUUGACUCUUUACUUUUCUCGUGGUUUUGUGCCACUCAACUCUCAAGAUGCUCUCCGUCUGUCGAAAAUAUCUGCCGUGUCUUACACCGACGUCACGACUCAUUUCAAAGGAACGAUAAGACAAAAGACGCGCAGGCUGCCAUGCAAAGAGAACCUUGUCGCAUUCCCUCCCAACCGAGGUUCCGGUAA